AUGGUUGCAACUAAAAUUUGUACAGACACUAUAAAACUUAACACUGGGGCAGAAAUGCCAAUGAUUGGUUUCGGUACUGCAAUACCGGGUGGCCAUAAUGUGUACGAAGCAAUUAAAAUUGCAAUAGAAAAUGGCUACAGAUGUAUCGAUACCGCUGCCAUAUAUGGUAAUGAGGAAAUUGUUGGAAAAGCCAUUAGAGAUUCGGGAUUGCCAAGAGAGGAUUUUUUUGUUAUUACAAAGUUAUGGUGCUCUCAAGCUAAGAAUCCAGAAUUAGCUCUGUCUAGUUCUUUGAAACGCUUAGGAUUAGACUAUGUUGACCUAUAUUUGGUUCAUUGUCCUAAUGUUUUUGAGCGCAGCGACAAUGUAGGCGACGACAAUUAUUUUCCUAGCCCUCAAUAUCCUGAGAAGGAGGAAGAUACUACUUCUGACAAGGAGGUGACUUUCCUGGAUGUAUGGCAUCUAGUUGAGAAAUUACCUGAGACUAAUUUGACGAAGGCUGUGGGCGUCGCUAAUUUCUCCAAAAACAAAUUGAAGAAGAUUUUGGAUGAUCCUAAAACUAAAGUCGUUCCUGCAGUCAAUAUGGUUGAAUCCCAUCCUUUACUUCCACAAGAUGAAUUAGCCUCCUACUGCAAAGAGAAGAACAUUGUUAUGCAAACUUUUCUAUUUAGCUCGACUAAAAAUCCCUUUAAAAGAGAGCCUGUCAUAGCUGAAAUUGUAGAAAAGAAUGAAGUCACCCCAAACCAAGUUUUGGUAAAUUAUAAUGUUAAGAGAGGUUUGCCAGUAUUACCAAAGGCUAAAAAACAGCAUAGAAUUAUUGAGAACAUUAAGGUCUUCGAUUUGUCUGAUGAAGAUUUUGAAAAGCUCAAUAACAUGCACAAAACUAAUGGUACUAAGAGACUUGUAAACACAGAUUGGAUAGACUGGGAUUGA